AUGGACAGCGCCUUGAAGAAUGCCAUGGACAGCGCCUUGAAGAAUGCCAUGGACAGCGCCUUGAAGAAUGCCAUGGAUAGCGCCUUGAAGAGUGCCAUGGAUAGCGCAAUGGAUAGCACUUCAUCACCCCAGUCCACUACUACGGCUGCUUGUGCUUCGACUCCACCCACUACUGUCGCAGAAUCCACAUCGACGAAAAGCGUCACAUUAGAACCAGUAUGCCCUCCGUCAUCUGAUCGAUGGGCACAAUACGUCCAGUCUCGGAUCGAGAGGAAACACAGAAAGAAAGAGGCGACCCGCGACGUAUUGAUGCAGACAAAAAAGGAGCUGAGUGACAGCCGUGACCGCGAAGUACAACUGCGCCAAAAUCUGGAGGCGGAAGAGCAGACUCUUUUAACACGAAAAAGAAGUCUUGAGGAGAUGGACAAAAAAAUCCAGCAAGCUCAAGCCCAGUACCAAGUCAAGCGAAAGGAAGUUGUUUGCGUGCAAAAGUCAAUUAACCAGUUAAGAGAGGCGAUCAUCAAGGAAGAAGGAUCGAUCCGUGACAGCGAGAUUAAGGCCCGGCAAAUGGAGGAGGAGCUGGAAGAUGGCCUUGAAGAUGAAAACACCGAAGUCGUUCGUCAAGCUCUUAUCCUGGACAUGAGUUCUUCAGAGAUCGAAGCUAUGGCGAAUCAUGCGUUGAACAACAGUGCCUUUGGAGAAAAAAUUGCUAGGGCCGCCCAACACACAGCAACUCCAGUCAUGAUCAGAGAGAUCCAAAGCGAGAUGUAUAGCCGAAUGACAGGCGUCACUUCGGAGGAGUUCAGAGACCUGAUGCAGCGAAUACAAUCCACCAUGGAUGAGUUGCAUAGCGAGGCAAUGGGUGACGAAACCGAUGCCACCGCCGAUAGCUCCCAGGACCCUGAGAACAAUAGCAACAGGAUUGGACACCCCAAAGAUGAAUGCCGCGAUGUUGUUGAAUUGGAGGAAAGUGACGCCGAAGACAAGAUCAUCAGACCAGGCCGGCGCUCACGGCGGAAUUUGGACUUGUUGGACCAGGGACCUCGCAGGAAAAGAGCAAGACCAAUUAGUCCCAGUGAGUGGAUCAGUCUCCGUGGCAAGCGGAAGAAAAAACAUCCAGUCGGAUUCUACGAUCUCUCUAGCAACCCGAAUUGA